AUGGAAUUGUGUCGAAAUAUCACAGAUUUCAGCUACGGUUUAUCCAAGCAUGUCCAAGGAAAGUAUUGUUCUGCAUAUGUGAAACUUCCUUCAGCAGAAGAUCUUCCUGAAAUAGUGUCAUUCGAACUGAAUUAUGGAGUGUGUAUCCCUCAUUCUUGUACAAAGGAUGAUUUAGUUUGGUUACUAGACAUGGGUUUGUCAAUUUCUAAUGAUGAUUGUAUAGUGUUUUCCAAGGUAAAUUUAUCCAUAGAUAAGUCCACAAGUUUCUGUCAUGCAGAUUUUGGAGAACUACCUAAAGAUGGUUGGUUUUGGGUAGCAAUGUCUUUACUAGUUGUUAUGAUCUCUCUUCUGAUAAGUGGAACAGUUGUGGAUUUAGUCCUGUGGUGUAGAUUAAAUUAUCGUAUUUGUGAAGUUUCGUACGACAGACUAGUAAACAUCAGUAUGCCAACAGAAGCAUCUACUACCAGUGGAGCUGUUGUCAAUUGUGGAGGGACCACUGAGGAAAAUAUACUUGAACAGACGACAUCUGCCCAUCUUAGCAUACAUAAGCUAUCAUAUUUUGAACAGCGAGCAAUUAAACCUGUCGAUGAACAUACCAAUGAUCAUCAUUUGAAUGAUUUAACUCCAGCUUAUCUAUUAGUCUUAAUACUGUACACUGGAUUAUUUAUUCAUGCUUAUGUCGGUCCAAUGUAUCCUCAAACUCCCAAUUUGAUGGAUAUAAAAUUUUGUCGUGAUCAUUGGUGGAUAACAUAUUUGAAUAAUUUUAUUUAUCCGGAUGAAGCGUGCAUGGGUUGGUCAUGGUAUUUAUCAAAUGAAAUUCAAUUUUCAAUUGUAUUAUCUCCAAUCUUCUUAUCUUUAUUAGCAUGGAAUGAAACUAUCGGUGCAUUGUUUGGUUUUGGACUUGUAAUUUCCAGUAUCGCGUCCACAUUUGGUAUAUCUUAUGCGAAUGAUUAUUUACCUGGUACGCUAUCACUUUUCUCAUUCACAACUAUUUACAUAAAACCGUAUACACGUUGGAGUACUUAUGCUAUUGGUCUUUUAUGCGGCUGGUUCCUAGAAAAGCACAUCAAUAUUUUGAAUAAUGUGAAUUCAAAAACGAAAGCUUUGAUUGGUGUGAUUGGUGUAUGCCUGUCAUCAAUAUUCUGUGUAUCUACUGUCUACGGAUUGUAUGGACUACUAAGUGGGAAGGUCGGACCAUUCACAACGUUUGGAGCUGCAACCUAUACAGCAUUCCAUCGACCUAUUUUUAUUCUCGGUAUUGCAAUCGUUGUAUCGAUGUGUGCUCUUGGUUGUGGUGGUCCAAUUCGUUGGAUUCUCACAUUGUCUGUAUUCCGUAUUCCUUCACGGUUGACAUAUACAGCUUAUCUUGUACAUCCGAUAGUGGUUCUAUUCAUCGCUUUAGGAAGUCAGAACCCAAUAUUGCUGGAUGAUCUGCAUUUGAUCGUUAUGUUUUUUGCCGUUCUACCAAUUACUUAUUGCUUGGCAUACUUGGUCACACUGGCAACUGAGUCACCAGUAAUAGCUAUGACUCAUAGUCCUGGAGGGAAGAAGCCUUUGUCAUCAGAAAGUUCCAUGUAA